UGUGCUUGUUGUCUUUGUCGAUUGGGCGAACUUGGCUCGAAGUUAUACUACAAACAGAGUAUGAUAUUAUGUGCUCGAGAUUAUUUACGAUUAUUUGGCUUAACGGGUACUUGUGCCGCAUGUGACAAAAAUAUUCCGGCAUUUGAACUUGUCAUGCGUGCCAAAGAUAAUGUUUAUCAUUUACGAUGCUUUGCAUGUCAAGUUUGCAAUCAACGGUUUUGCAUUGGUGAUAAAUUUUAUCUAUGCGAGAACAAAAUUCUUUGCCAAUAUGAUUUCGAAGAGCGUAUGACAUUCCAUCAGGCUGCAUAUAACAAUAAAAGUUUAACCGAACUUACCAAAAAUAUCGAACAAUUGGAGAAUUUCGAACCGCUUGAGGCAAAUAUAGUUGGUUCAUAG